UCAUCUGCUUGCUUGAGCGUAAAAGCAGCGCUUGGUGUCUCUCGCCGCGUAUUGAAUUACAUCACGCGUCAGAGUUCCUCUCUGGGAGCACAAGCUCGAACACUCCCGUCCCUUCAUCCUCCUCCUCCUCGUUCCCACUUUCAGCCAACGUCCACAGAGCAACACCGACUUUUGAGAAGAAGUUUCCCCGCCAGUAUUGAGGAUUGUGGGCGGAGGUGAAACGGAAUAAAACAUUGUUCCUUAAAGGACCGGGUAAAACCUUCAAGCUGAAUUCGUCUGGCCUUCUGACUAUGCCCCGGAGUCCCACGUCCAGUGAGGACGAGAUGGCCCAGAGUUGUUCUGACUACUCCGUGGACUCCGCCUCUGACAGCUCCCGUGAGGAGACCAUCUACGAGACCAUAAGAGCCACCGCUGAGCCGACGCCAAGACGCAUGGACGACAUACACAUACACUCCCUAGUUGUCCGCGUCCUCAUCCCCGACCUGCAGCAGACAAAAUGUAUGCGGUUCAACCCUAACGCGACUGUGUGGGUUGCCAAGCAGAGGAUCCUGUGCACGUUGAGCCAGAGUCUGAAGGAUGUGCUGAACUAUGGCCUCUUCCAGCCUGCCAUGAACGGACGUGAUGGGAAGUUCCUGGAUGAGGAACGCCUCCUCCUGGAAUACCCACAGCCAAUCAGCAAAGGAGUUCCAGCUCUGGAGUUCCGCUACAAGAGCCGAGUCUACAGGCAGACCCAUGUGGAAGAGAAGCAGAUUGCCAAACUACACACCAAGGCCAACUUGAGAGAAUUUAUGGACCUCAUCCAGCACCAUCAGGUGGAGAAAGUAUCUAGGCUGCUGGAGAGAGGACUGGACCCCAACUACCAGGAUACAGAGACCGGUGAGACCCCCCUGACAUUUGCGGCCCACCUGGAUAACGUGGUGGAGAUUAUAAAGGUUCUGAAGAAUGGAGGGGCUCACCUGGACUUCAGGGCCAAAGAUGGCAUGACGGCCCUACACAAAGCUGCUAGGUCCAAGAACCAGGUUACUCUGAUGACCCUGUUGGAGCUUGGUUUGUCUCCAGACUAUAAGGACAGUCGGGGUCUGACGGCGCUCUAUCACACAGCCAUGGUGGGAGGAGAUCCGUUCUGCUGUGAGUUGCUGCUACAUGAACACGCCGCCGUCUGCUGCCAGGACGAAAACGGCUGGCAUGAAGUCCACCAGGCUUGUCGGAAUGGCUAUGUCCAGCACCUGGAGCAUCUGCUGUUCUACGGGGCGGACAUGAGCACACAGAAUGCCUCAGGGAACACAGCGCUGCACAUCUGUGCUCUCUACAACCAGGAUAACUGUGCCAGGGUGCUGCUGGUCCGUGGAGCCAACAAAGAGGUGAAGAACUACAACAGCCAGAGUCCCUUCCAGGUGGCCAUCAUUGCGGGGAACUUUGAACUGGCCGAACUGGUCAAGAACCACAAAGAGACAGAUAUAGUGCCUUUCCACGAGGCCCCGGAAUACUCCAAGCGGCGUCGGGUCCCUCCCUCUACCAGCAGCAGCGGUAGCUGCCUGGUGGCCCCCCGGGUCCUGCUGCGCUCCAACAGUGACAACAACCUCACAGUGAGCCAGGGGCCUCCCCAGGACUGGUCCCAGCCCCAAGAACCCCCCCAGCACCACAGAUCCCAACAGGGAGGGGUCGGACCCCCCACCUCCACCUCUCACCGUAGCCUCUCUCCACAGCUGCUCCAGCAGAUGCAGGGGAACCCAAAUGGCACUGUGAGGACCAUGGGCCAAAGGUCCCGCAGUACCAGCGUGGGGGUGGUCCCACGGAGUCCGUCCCCGUCCCUCAACCGGCUGGGAGAGGAGGCCUGCAGGCCACACCCGCAGACACAUGUACAGACACAGCAGACUCAGCACAGACAGACCAGCCCCAGUGGUCAUGUGGAGGUGGUGGUGCAUCGGAGGAAGCUGUACAGUGCCGUACCAGGUAGGCACUUUGUGGUGGUCCAUUCCUACCAUCCACGGGCCGAGGGAGAGAUCACCCUCUACAAGAACGACAGGGUGAAAGUUCUGAGUAUCGGAGAGGGGGGGUUCUGGGAAGGCAGUGCCCGGGGCCAGGUGGGCUGGUUUCCUGCGGAGUGCGUGGAGGAGAUUCCUGCCAAGCCCAGCGAGGAGAGGACGCACACAAGAGCUGACCGCUCGGACAGGAGGAAACUCUUCCGACACUACACUGUGGGGUCCUACGAUAGCUUUGAUGCCUCCAGCGACUGCGUGAUCGACGAGAAGACGGUGGUCUUGACCAAGAAGGAGAAUGAAGGCUUCGGCUUCGUGCUGCGAGGGGCCAAAGCGGACACACCCAUCGAGGAGUUUACUCCCACCCCUGCCUUCCCAGCCCUCCAAUACCUGGAGUCGGUGGACGAGGGAGGAGUGGCCUGGCAGGCGGGGCUAAGGACCGGGGACUUCCUCAUCGAGGUGAACCAAGAGAAUGUGGUGAAGGUGGGCCACAGGCAGGUGGUCAACAUGAUCCGUCAUGCAGGGAACAGCCUCAUCAUCAAAGUGGUAACGGUGAGCAGGAAUAUGGACCCUGAGGAUACCGCACGUAAAAAAGCCCCCCAACCGCCAAAGAGAGCCCCCACCACCGCCCUGUCUAUGCGCUCCAAGUCUAUGACCUCUGAACUGGAAGAACUAGAUAAAGUGGACGAGGUGUCACCUUCCCAGAAGGCCGUGGACAUGAAGGUGGCCACCAUUAAGCCACGCCCCUCCAGCCGCUGUUUGGUCACGCCUACUGACAUGAAUUCCAUGUAUGACCGCCAGGGUGGAGUGGCAGUGGUACCACCCACUGUGCCAGGCAGUCCUAGAGGAGGGGCAUUCCUGGGCAUACUUGCCAAGGGUGGCACCAUGAGGAGACAGAAGUCCAUAGGUAUAACAGAAGAGAAAGAAGAGAAGGCGCUCCUCUCCCCUCCCCCACUCAAGUUCACCCGCAGCCUCUCCAUGCCCGACACGUCCGAAGACAUCCCCCCUCCCCCGGCCAUCUCCCCCCCAUCUCCCCCCUCCUCCUACAACUCUCCCUCUGUCUCCCCCAUGCCAAGGGGCUACGGCACCACCCGACCGGGCCUCACCCUCAACUCCGCUGGAAAAUGUUCCAAUGCCAUUACCCUUGGCAACCGCACGGUAGAUGUAGGGACGCUAAGGCGAGGUUAUCACCGCCAGAGCUCAGAACAGUACGAUAGUAGAAGCCGAGGACGGGCGCACGUGCCCGAGAACCCGUACUCGGAGGUGGGCAACAAGGCGCUGUACGUGCCCGCCAAGCCGGCGAGAAGGAAGGGCAUGCUGGUCAAGCAGCCCAAUGUGGAGGACAGCCCAGAGAAGACCUGCUGCACCCUGCCCUCAGGUGCUGUUUCCAUGCCGACCACACCCACUGAGAGGACCUUCUCAUCCAUUCCCAUCCCCACCAUCAUUGUCAAGGAGCCUUCCACCAGUAGCAGUGGAAAGAGCAGCCAGGGCAGCAGUAUGGAGAUUGAGCCAACCACGCCCGAACACCCACCCUUAACGCCUAGGGCAGGGGGCAGGGGGCUAAGGCCUGAAGACCCCAUUGUCAACAACCCCUUUGCUGCUGCCAUCGCAGGGGCAGUAAGAGACCGGGAGAAGAGGCUGGAGGCACGGAGGAACUCACCUGGCUUCCUCUCCACCGAUAUGGGAGAUGAGGACUUGGGAGACCCCACCCCGGCCCCGCGGCUAUGCCAGUCCAAGUCCAUUGACGAGGGGAUGUUCAGCAACGACGAGCACCUGCGGAGGAUAAUGGCACCCCCGCCGGCCACCACCCUGCUGCGGUCCCAAGAAGGGGGUGACCGUGGCGGUAAUGUGACAGACUUCAACACCCCUGAGCCCACCCAGGUGGUGAGGGAGCCUCUGACCGCACGUACCGGCCAGUACCCCAACCUGGACAGCCCCGUCAGUCUCCCGGCCACCACGCCCAAGACCUACAGCUCAAACGGAGGAUGGGGCUACCUGCACCCCGUCACAGGUAAUGCCCUGGAACCUAACUCGCCCCUCGCUCUAGCGCUGGCAGCCCGGGACAGAGCCAUGAAAGAGCAGACACAAACGACCAUGGCAACGCAAGCCCCACCCCCUUCUCAACCUCAACCGCACCCCAAGAGUGACGCCCCCCAGUCCCUCCCCCCCAACCCCCACAAACCUGGCCUCAAUCAGCCCCUCUUCGUCGAUACCAAGCUCCGCUCCAGCAUUGAGCCGGGCUUCACCAACUCCACGACAACCCUGGGGCGAGGCAUAGGGGGGGACCUGAAGAGUCAUAUGACGGAGCAGAAGUACAAGUCUGACGGAGAGAUGGAGGAGAGGCAGCAGGCGGCGGAGGAUGGGAAGGGCAUACAGAUCGACGUUGUGGACACGUCACAAACGCAGAAAGUGGCCGGUCUGCUAAUGGUGCACUCCAAAAGCAGCCAGGAGGAGGAAGACAGGGGGCAGGAGAACACACCAGCCCGAGACAACAGCAUCCCCAGCGAACUGAGAGACCCCAACCAGCCAAAGCCCCCCACCAACAGCCACAGUACCAAGCCCCUGCCCCCCGUGCCACGGGGGAAGACCAUCACGGCCGGGGGUUCGGUCGACGAGCCAGUCAAGUUGUCCUUCCGCAUGCCCCCUCCCCCGCUGGCCUCGGUGGACAUUGAGGAGGUGGAGGAGUUUGUCUUCUCCGAGCCCCUGCCGCCACCGCUGGAGUUCGCCAACAGCAUCGACAUCCCUGAGGACCAGGCAACGACCAUCGCUGAGUUGCUCAAGCAACGGGACCAAGAGAGACGCAACGGGAUGGGAACCAGGGGGCCACAUCCACCCCCCUACUACACUCACGCCCCGACCCCUGUCGGCCAGUUCAGACGAGGGAGCGGGGUGUCCAAUUGCAUGCCCCCACCCUUCUAUCCCCCUCCGCCCCCCGACGGUGGCUUUGUGAAAGGUGUCACUGACUCAAGCAUCGAGGAGGUAGACAGUCGCAGAAGUGGAGACCCCCAUGUAGAGACUACCAGCACCAUUUCCACAGUUUCGAGCAUCUCUGUACUGUCGUCAGAGGGCGGGUACAACAGCGCCCUGGAGAACACUUCUAUGGUUUAUACUGACGGCCAGGCUUACCUCGACGACCGACCCCCCGUUCCCCCCAAGCCCAAAAACAAGCCCGUCAUCAACAAGAACACUGCACUUUACCACAAUGUCCUCAUGGAGGAAUCCCUGGACUCCUUUGAGGCGCCCCCUCCUGUCCCUCCCCCCGGGUCCAUAUCCCCCCCAGAACUCCCCAGGACUCCCCCCCAUCGGUCGUCCAAGCUGUGGGGCGAGCCCCCGGAGCUAAGGAGCCCACCCACGCCCGACCCCAAGGCCACGGUUAUCAACGAGCUGAGCUCCAUCUUAUCACAGAUGCACCGGCCCAAACCGGGGGACUCCCUGGACUCACCCACCACAGGGACCAGGGGUGGCUUUGGAACCAGCUCUCCAGCCACAGGAAGCCAGCGGAACUCCAGCGUGUCUUUCAGCCUGCCCCCCUCCUCCUGCACCCCUCCUUCCAGCCUGCCCCCCCACCUCUGCAGCCCCCCAGACACCUCGUCCCUCUCCUCGCCCCCCUGCCCCUCUUCUUUAACCCACUCUUCCUCACCCAGCCUUAGCGACCUUUUCGGCCUGCCCACCCUGCCCAUGGAGAAUGUGAGAGGCUUCGGCAGCAUGGGCGGUAGUCUUGGUGAAGGGUCCUCGUGCGGUGGCUCGCGCUCCCCCUCGCCGCUCACCCUAAUGCAGGCCAUAGCCACCUCGGGCAAGCCCUUUGCCUCCAAGCCCGUGGAGCUGUGGAGCAAGCUGGACGUGGCCGACUGGCUGGAUAGUCUGAAUCUGUCGGAGCAUAAAGACGCCUUCCUGGACAACGAGAUCGAAGGCGCCCACCUGCCUUCGCUGCAGAAAGAAGAUCUGAUUGACCUGGGGGUGACGCGGGUGGGCCACCGCAUGAACAUCGAGAGGGCCCUCAAAAUGCUGCAGGACAGAUAAAGCCAGGGGGUGUGGAUUUAUCUGGAACACUCUAUCCUACCUGUUUUCCUUCUCAGUCUUGGAAAGUCUUGGACGAUUUAGGAAUCGGCCUCUGACUACUCCCUUCCUGCCUCGCCUCUGUGGCGUGUUUGAUCACUCCCAUUCUGCUUCCCGAGUAUCAGGGGAUGUCGGAAUCCUGGAGGAACUGCUGGGCAUAGCCUGGAGAAUGGCGGCGUUCCCGAAUCCAGAAUGGAGAAAGAGUGGAAAAAAUCCUGCAUCUUUUUAGGGAUGCUCACAAUACAAAAGACCACAUUUUGGAAUAUUCUUGAAACGUAGCCCUUAAACACUCUGAUAAAAAUCAGUAUUGGAAUACUCAAUCCUUUUUCAAGCUCCCCCAGCGCGGAUGUUUGAAACCAGCUGAGCUGGUUGUCACUCCUUUUCUAUCUUUGCUAGAGUUUCUUCAGAGAAUAUUUCCUCACUAGAGUAAAACCGUGGGUUAUGUUUAUGGAUGCAUCUGGCGUUGUAGAGACAUUUGAAAAACAGACAUUUGAAAAACAUUAGAAACGAGAACCUUUGCAGAAAUGUUUAGCUGAAUCCUAAACCAUAUCAUUCGCCACACACACACACACACACACACACACACACACACACACACACACACACACACACACACACACACACACACACACACACACACACACACACACACACACACACACACACACACACACACACACACACACACACACACACACACACACAGGCCUUCUCCUGAGGGGGAGAAACAUAAUGAUGUGUUAGUCACUCUAAUGCAUGGCUGGAGGGGCUCCACUGUAGCAGGCGCCACUGUCCCCUUCACAUCCCUGUUCACUGUGGAAGGUGUGUGUAUUUGCAUUUUGUCAGAGACAUGUUUGUGAUGUACGUGUGUGUGUGUGUGUGCGCACGCUGUGGGAGGUUUGUUAAAUGUGUUUUAGAAAGACAUGAGUGCAAGGCCUAGAUUCUGUCAGCCUAUUCAAGGUGUAUAUUGCAUCUCACAUUCCAGUGUUCGAACUUGUAAACAGGGCUCCAUGGGAUUUAUCUUAAUGCAACUCCGUACAGCCAAUGGCAAUGUCCGUUUUAGGUAUAAUGCUGGGAGCCGCUUGUGGAUUUGACAGCUCCAACACAGUUCCACCUCCGACACCACAAAAACAACAGCUACGCGGGUGUUGGAUGGCAUGAAUCUGAUAGAAUCUAGCCCUAAGUGUUGGCAUCAUGUGUGUUGUCAUCGUCUUCCACACACUUGACAGCGACCCCGACAGGAGUGGGAUGCAACCUCCCUACACCCUACCGCCCAACCGACCAAUCUCCCUUCAGGCCUAUAACAGAAAUAAUCCACCUAUCACAACAACUUGGGGAAACUCCAUUUUCUGCCACAAUAUCGCCAUCUCUCCUCUUUGUUCAGCCAUCUUUAAUCAUCUCUAGUUAUUGAGUGAUUCCUUUUGCAAAUCAAACAUUGUUUUUAUAUUAAUACCAGUGUGUACUGUUGUCGUAUAGGUGAGGGCUGUAUUUUCAUUUGUUGACAUAAUGAUUCUCGGUGAGAAUUUGAAGACGCACACUUUGAAAGGAUGAGAGCAAAACGGACGUUACUUCGUGGUCUCUGUUAACGUAGGACACUGUGGUUGACUGUGUGCUUGUUUUUAGACAGCUCACCUACAGUAUACUGUGUAGUGCAGGGGCCAAGUAUAAUAGGAAUAAUAGGAAUUCACUCAAAACUCAAAAAUGUGGGUUCCUGAGUGGCGCAGCGGUCUAAGGCACUCCAUCUGAAUCCAGGCUGCAUCACAUCCGGACGUGAUUGGGAGUCCCAUAGGGCGGCGCACAAUUGGCCCAGUGUCGUCCGGGUUAGGCCGUCAUUGUAAAUAAGAAAUAAGGUUACAUUAAAAAUAUAUAUAAUAAUAAUAAAUCUACUACCCAGACAUUCACACAAUCACCGAAGAGGAUUAAAAAAAAUAUUUAUAGGAACGUUUACAAAGUUUGUGUAUAAUCAGUGUUUGCAUCGCCGAUGAAUCACAAAACGUCAUUAUUGACAAGAAGAGGUGUUAAUGCUAUCUGGUGUUUCCAGAGGGAAGAAAAUAAGUGUGACACAGCAGCACUGACCAAGCAGGCUUUAGAUGAUUCAUUUGGGUCCCUGUUCAUUUGAGAAUGAGAGGGAGAGUCCUCAGUAACACUUUACUUAAGCAUACAGGUAUAACCAUUCUGUAAGGCUUGCUUAUAAAACGUUAUAACGUAAUUAUUACUACAGGCUUCAAGUAAAGUGUUACUGAGUCAUUUUCUCAACACCAGUGAUAAGCUCUCACACCAAUGAGCAGGUAGAACAAGCUUAUCUUCUAAUCAGAAAUCCCAUCUGACAGCCAAUCAAUUGUCUCCAUCCCUUUUCAUGAAACACCAUUACUUCAAUGUUAAUAUGAGAACUGCUGAUAGGUGAGUACCCAGGAAGUGUUUGGUGCCAUUGGUUUUACGUAAAUUGAAUAUAUUUAUUUCUUUGAAUGUGUAUAAAGGAAUGAUUUAAAGAAAAGAGUACAUCUAUAGAAUAAUGAUAUGUAUAAUAUUUCUAAAGGGUUUAGAGAGAGAAUUUCUAUGAAAGAAUAUGACCAUUGCAUCCACCCUCAGAACUUAUUUCCUUGUCACUUUAUCCCUGUUUUGUGUUUGGAUAGUGCCUCGAAUAGCUCAUUAUUCUCUACAUAGUGCCCCAUUUCUGGCCUUUCUGCCUCUGAACUAGAUUAUAACUACCCCCAUAAUGCACUGCAAAUAGAAGUGUGGAAGCCAUGUAUUCUACUGUACCCAGAUUACCUAUAUAUUAUAACAUAUCACUAAAACGUGAACAGUAUGUGUGAUCAUUUGAGACAUUAUCCAUGAUUCUAUCAGUUCACAGGGAUGUUCUAUGAACAUAACCAUGAUUGUUUGGAUUGUCUGCAAUUUAGGGUCUCCUGUUGGACCAAAAAAAAAAGUUCCCCUGGUGAGAUUCCUUUCUCUCACUCCCUGUCCCUGUGUGCAACUGUAUGAUGAUGAAGGGAAGACAAAGGGAUGAUUUUUUAAAAAAGGGAAUACUAGGCUGACAGAAAGAGAGGACCUGUAGGAGUUUUAACGCUGCUAUAAUCCAUUCAUUAUUUUAAAAUAAAUAACAAAAGAGUGACAUGUAAAAAAAGCACAGUAUUUUUUAUGAUUAUAUAGAAUUAUAUGGAAUUUUCUAAAAGACAUUUGGAGAAAAAUGUGGUUUGCCAAAAAUAUAUAUAUAUAUUUUUCUUUAAAUAUAUAUAUAUUAUAUAUAAAUAUUAAUUAAUAGAAAUUAAUAUUAUCAGAUUUAUGAGGAAACUAAGAAGCAAUAUUUUUACUGAAUGGAUCUCCUUGGUUGUGGUUUUUCCCAGUCUUAAGAUGAACUAUCAUGAUAUAUCAUCACCUGUUGAUGUUAUGAACACUGAUAGCUGGAGUGGACAGAAGACAUUUGUCCAAUCAAAAUGUAUUUUAUAUACUAUCCUCUGGCCAUCACCUGCCUAUCUUGAAUAUUGUAAUUUUUGACAAUUCCAAUCACUUAGUCUGUGUAUAAUGUGUGUAUAAAUGACUGAAACGCUUUAAAUGUAUACAUAAACUCACAGUCCACUGGAUCGAAAACUGUCCCGAUGACACUUUUAUGCUCAACUUACAUAGAAAUGUACAAAAAAAACAUAUCACUAAGCUAAUUUAUUUGCAGAAUUAUAGAACUGAGUAGUCGUAUUAAGAUGCUAUUACAAACCAUCACUGUGUGACUAUAAGGCUAUGCUACAUAAGGACUGGUAUGGCUCACUAUCAUCCCUACCAUCACAACACAGUCCUUCACUUACCCAUCGGCAACUAUUUUGAUACUUUUGUUAUUUUCUCUUAUGGUUGAAUUAAUUUUUUAUUUUUUUUAUUCUACAUAAUUACGAAGACGUUUCCGGCGCUUUUGUGUAUAUUUGUGUUCAUGUUCCAUAUGUUGUAAUUCUGCAUACUUAGUCGACUAUCUAAUUAUCAAAAUGAAAAAGAAAGAGAAGUUCCUUGUAACUGCACUCUUCCUUCCCCCCAAAUCCUCAAUACUUCUUGUAUGGCAACCAAACAAAAGUUACUGUAAGAAAUAAACAUAACAUUGCACUAUGGUUGUA